CACGAUGGGGCACACGAGUUUGGACAAGAUCAAGACUCUGCAGAGGAACCCGGCCAACAUCAGGAACCUGUGCAUCCUGGCUCAUGUGGACCACGGUAAGACCACGUUAGCGGACUGUCUCGUGGCCAGUAAUGGGAUCAUCUCCAGCCGCCUCGCCGGGAAGCUGCGGUACUUGGACAGCAGGGAGGACGAGCAGCUCAGAGGCAUCACCAUGAAGUCCAGCGCCAUCUCCCUUCACUUUUCACACCGAGAGCAGGACUACUUGCUAAACCUGAUUGAUUCUCCGGGACACGUGGACUUCUCCUCUGAGGUGUCGACGGCCGUGCGUUUGUGCGACGGCGCCGUCGUCGUCGUGGACGCCGUGGAGGGAGUGUGUCCACAGACUCAGGUGGUGCUGCGUCAGGCCUGGCUCGAGAACAUUCGUCCCGUUUUGGUGAUAAAUAAAAUCGACCGACUGAUCCUGGAGCUGAAGAUGACGUCACAGGAGGCGUACCUGCACCUGCAGAAGAUACUCGAACAGGUGAACGCGGUGACGGGGUCGCUGUUCACGUCCAAAGUCCUGGAGGAGCGAGCGGAGAAGGAGAGGGACGAGCCGGAGAGGGAAGCGUCUGGGGAGGGGGAGACCCUGUACGACUGGAGCGCGGGGCUGGAGGAGGCCGACGAUUCCAACCUGUACUUCUCCCCAGACCAGGGCAACGUCGUGUUCGCCAGCGCCAUCGACGGCUGGGGAUUCAGGAUCCAGCAGUUUGCUCAGAUCUACAGUGAGCGGAUGGGCAUCAGGGCCUGCGUUCUGCUCAAGACUCUGUGGGGAGACUUCUACCUCAACAAUAAAACAAAGAAGAUCAUAAAGGGAGCACAGUCUAAAGGGAGGAAGCCUCUCUUUGUGCAGCUCGUGCUCGACAACAUCUGGAGUUUGUACGACGCCGUGGUGACAAACAGAGACAAGGACAGAGUGGACAAAGUGGUGACGUCUCUGGGGGUGAAGGUUUUGGCCCGAGACGAGAGACACUGUGACCCUAAAGUCCUACUGUCCUCCAUCUGCAGCCAGUGGCUCCCAGUGUCCCAGGCUGUGCUCUCCAUGGUGUGUGAGAAGCUGCCCAGCCCCCUGGAGGUGUCUGCGGAGCGGGUGGAGCGCCUGAUGAGUGUGGGCGCUCGGAGGUUCGACUCGUUACCGGAGCGGACGCAGCGGCUCAAAGAAGUGUUUCUGCGCUGCUCCAGUGAAGUGGACGCCCCCGUCAUCGUGUUCGUGUCCAAGAUGUUUGCAGUGGACAGUAAAGCUCUGCCCCAGAACAGACAGAGACCGCUGACCCAGGAAGAAAUCGCCCAGCGCCGGGAGCUGGCCAGGCAGAGGCACGCGGAGAGGGUCAAAGCCGAGGCCGGACCGCCCGACGACCACACGUCUGCGACCGACACAGAUGUGGAGUCCAAGAUGGCGGCUCUGGAGGUGAAGGAGCAGAGGGAGCAGAAGGAGCAGAACGCCGAGGAGGAGCAGGAGGAGCGGGAGAAGUUCGUGGCCUUUGCGAGGGUCUACAGCGGCGUCCUGCGCCCGGGACAGAGGGUCUAUGUCCUGGGACCGAAGUACGACCCGGCACAGGGCCUGAGCGCGCUGCCAGAGGGCUGUGACUCCCAGUCCGACUCCAUCCCGGACACCCCCCACCUGUCCCUGUGCACGCUGGGCGGCCUGUACCUCCUGAUGGGGCGGGAGCUGGAGGAGCUGGAGGAGGUGCCAUCUGGAAACGUCCUGGGUAUCGGAGGUCUGGAGGAGUUCGUGUUGAAAUCCGCCACGUUGUCGACGUCGCCCGCCUGCCCGCCCUUCACGCCGCUCAACUUCGAGGCCACGCCCAUCGUCCGGGUCGCCAUAGAGCCCAGACAUCCCAGUGACAUGCCGAGGCUGGUUCGGGGCAUGCGUCUGCUGAACCAGGCCGACCCGUGCGCCGAGGUCCUGAUCCAGGAGACGGGGGAGCACGUCCUGGUGACGGCGGGAGAGGUCCAUCUGCAGCGCUGCAUCGACGACCUCCGCCAAAGAUUUGCUAAAAUUGAAAUGAGCGUGUCCAAACCCAUCAUCCCGUUCAGAGAGACGGUGGUGCGACCUCCUAAAGUGGACAUGGUCAACGAGGACCUCGGCCGGCAGCAGAAAGUCGCCAUUAUUCACCAGGUGAAGGAGGACACUUCUCAGGGACGCUCCUCAGACUCUGGCCUGGUCACACUGACCACUCCAAACAGACUGGCCACUGUGAGCGUCCGGGCCAUCCCUCUGCCACAGGAGGUGACCCGUUUGCUGGACAGCAGUGCGGAGCUGGUCAGGACGCUGGAGCAGGUGAACAUGUCUCUGAGGGAGGGGCGGGACCUGGAGGUCAGCCCCAGGACGAUGGAGCAGAUCUCAGAGCUGAAGCAGAGGCUGGAGGCUCUGCUGCAGGGACACAGGUGGAGGAACGCCGUCGACCGCAUCUGGGCGUUUGGACCGCGCAGGUGUGGUCCAAACAUCCUCCUGAACAGUGUGGAGUCGUACUCGCGCCCGUCCCUGUGGCAGUGUCUCAGUCGUCACGGAGACAGACCUCAAAACACACUCAGGGACUUUGACAACAGCAUCGUGAGCGGCUUCCAGCUGGCAACGCUGGCGGGGCCCAUGUGCGAGGAGCCUCUGAUGGGCGUGUGCUUCUCCGUGGAGCGCUGGGACGUCCAGACCAGCUCCACGCCGCACCAGGACUCUGCGGAAGACGACGGCGUGUCCCGGGACGCACCGGGGGACGGCGACGGCCCGGGGGAGGCGGCCGCGGCGGGACAGGCCAAACGCAGGGCGGAGCCGGACUGUUACGGGCCGGUGUCGGGUCAGCUGAUCGCCGCCACUAAAGAGGCGUGUCGUCAGGCGUUUCAGGCGCAGCCGCAGAGACUCAUGGCGGCGAUGUACACCUGUGAGAUCAUGGCGACGGCGGAGGUGCUCGGGCGGGUGUACGGCGUCCUGGGGAAGCGUGAGGGUCGCGUGGUGCAGGAGGAGAUGAAGGAGGGCACGGACAUGUUCAUCAUCAACGCCAUCCUCCCCGUCGCCGAGAGCUUCGGAUUCGCCGACGAAAUCCGCAAACGGACGAGCGGAUUGGCCAGUCCCCAGCUCGUCUUCAGCCACUGGGAGGUCAUCAGCAGCGACCCGUUCUGGGUGCCCACCACGGAGGAGGAGUACCUGCACUUCGGGGAAAAGGCCGACUCCGAGAACCAGACGCUGAAAUACAUGAACGCCGUCCGCCGACGCAAAGGGCUGUACGUGGAGGAGAAGAUCGUGGAGCACGGCGAGAAACAGAGGACGCUCGGGAAAAACAAAUGACCCGACGACCCGGAAGAUCAGAGCGAACGUGAGACACUUCGAUGG